AUGCCCGAAGCAAUGGCUGUAUCUAAGGCUUCAAACGGAGGCAAAAACAAAGGAGGGGCGUACGUGGACCGCGACAAGCCGGCUCAGAUCCGCUUCAGCAACAUCUCUGCAGCCAAAGCUGUGGCAGAUGCAAUCCGAACCAGCCUCGGGCCCAAAGGAAUGGACAAGAUGAUCCAGGAUGAGAAAGGUGAUGUGACCAUUACUAAUGAUGGCGCCACAAUCUUGAAGCAGAUGCAAGUGCUGCACCCUGCUGCUAAAAUGCUGGUGGAACUGUCCAAAGCGCAAGACAUCGAGGCAGGUGACGGCACCACCUCAGUAGUGGUGAUUGCCGGCGCCCUCCUUGACGCCUGCUCCAAACUGCUCCAAAAAGGCAUCCACCCCACCAUCAUAUCGGAGUCUUUCCAGAAGGCGGUGGACAAAGGCGUGGAGGUGCUGACGGCCAUGAGCCGGCCCGUGGAGCUGAGCGACCGGGAGACGCUGCUCAACAGCGCCACCACAUCACUGUGCUCCAAGGUGGUGUCGCAGUACUCCAGCCUACUUGCGCCCAUGAGCGUAGAUGCUGUGAUGCGAGUCAUCGACCCCACCACCGCCACUGGCGUCGACUUGCAGGACAUCAAAGUCAUUAAGAAGCUUGGGGGCACCAUUGACGACUGCGAGCUAGUGGACGGGCUGGUGCUAACCCAGAGGGUGGCUAGUGCCGGUGUCAGUCGAGUGGAGAAGGCCAAGAUCGGCCUCAUCCAGUUUUGCUUGUCUCCGCCCAAAACUGACAUGGACAACCAGAUCGUGGUGUCGGACUACGCUCAGAUGGACCGCGUGCUGCGUGAGGAGCGCGCUUACAUCCUGAACAUGGUCAAGCAGAUCAAGAAGGCCGGCUGCAACGUGCUGCUUAUUCAGAAGUCCAUCCUCAGGGAUGCUCUGAGCGACUUGGCUCUGCAUUUCCUGAACAAAAUGAAGAUCAUGGUGGUGAAGGACAUUGAGAGGGAGGACAUCGAGUUCAUCUGUAAGACCAUUGGGACCAAACCAAUUGCCCACAUCGACCACUUCACUCCUGAGAUGCUCGGCGCCGCCGAGAUGGCAGAGGAGGUCAACCUGGACGGCUCUGGCAAGCUCAUCAAGAUUACUGGCUGCUCCAAUCCAGGCAAGACAGUCAGCAUUGUGGUGAGAGGCUCCAACAAGCUGGUGAUCGAAGAGGCCGAGAGAUCCAUCCACGAUGCCUUGUGCGUCAUCCGUUGUCUGGUCAAGAAGAGGGCUUUGAUUGCGGGCGGCGGCGCCCCCGAGAUAGAGCUGGCGGUGCGUCUCGCCGAGUACUCUCGCACGCUGGCCGGCAUGGAGGCGUACUGCGUGCGGGCGUACGCCGAUGCCUUGGAGGUGAUCCCGUCCACUCUGGCCGAGAACGCUGGCCUCAACCCCAUUUGCACUGUCACCGAACUCCGCAACAGGCACGCCCAGGGAGAUAAGAUGGCUGGCAUCAAUGUGCGCAAGGGUGGCAUCUCCAACAUCCUGGAAGAGCUGGUGGUGCAACCUCUGCUGGUGUCCAUCAGCGCACUCACCUUGGCCACUGAGACAGUCCGCUGCAUUCUCAAAAUCGAUGAUGUGGUGAACACCCGAUAA